GAAAACAGAAAUCCCUCACCUCCACCAGUGAGCAGCAGCAGCCUGCAACCAGCAGGCCAGGCGGGGCAGAACUGACGUUAUGCUGUGACGACGGGAAGAGGGCGGAGCCAAGAGAGGAUUGGGGGGCUGGGGGCGGGGCCUGCGCUGACAGCGCCCCCCCCUCCGGGGGCGGAGCUAGAGAGGCUGCGCUGGCGUAGCUGGUCCGCUCCCGCCCCUUGGUUUCCUCGACCCUGCGCCAGGCGGGUGUGGCGGCGGGCGUGCCGACGCUGCGUGACGUCACAAGGGGUGGGGCUGUCUAGGAGUCCUGGGGGCGCGCGGGCGCGUUCGGCAGUCGCUGUUUGGGACGCGGCGUGUGUGGUUGCAGUGUUUUCCGCUCCGCUUUCGCAGUAACAGCCUGUCCCUUCCCGGAGCCUGGGACAGACUGGGCGCGCACCCGUAUGUGUGCGAGCGCGACUUAGGGCAGAGGUGUCCUCUCACUGCGUUUUUCCCCCGCUUUUUAUCCGAAGGGGGCAGUUCGCACGCCUGUUUUCCUGUCGCCCAGUUAGGAGCGGGGUGGGUGCACGGCGUAGUUCGUCGAUUUUUCUUUUGAACUUGUGAGCGCUUUUAUCUCCCCGCUGUUUUUGGUGCUUUAUUUAUUUAUUUUGGCUCAGUGCCUUCCGGGCUGUUUUCCCCGGCCUCUAAAUAACUGCUUUCGGUCCCUUCUCUCGCCACCCCCUGCCCAAGGUCGCCCCUCCGCCCAGCCCCUACCCGGGAGGGUGGGAAGCCUUUGCCCCGCCCUGCCCAUCCGCGUCUCCGCAGCCGUAACCGCACCUGCCUCAGUAUGAAUGGGGUCAGCGACCCACCUCUUUUUAUAAAAGAUAUUAAGGCCGGACUGAAAAACUUAAAUGUCGUCUUUAUUGUCCUGGAGAUAGGACGCGUGACCAAAACCAAAGACGGCCAUGAAGUGAGAUCGUGCAAAGUAGCAGAUAAAACCGGCAGCAUCACUAUUUCCGUGUGGGAUGAGAUCGGAAGUCUUAUACAGACGGGGGAUAUUAUUCGGUUGACCAGAGGGUAUGCAUCCAUGUGGAAAGGAUGCCUGACACUUUAUACUGGAAGGGGUGGUGAACUUCAAAAAAUUGGGGAAUUUUGUAUGGUUUAUUCAGAAGUGCCAAAUUUCAGUGAGCCCAACCCAGAUUAUCGAGGACAGCAGAACAAAGGGGCACACAAUGAUCAGAAAAAUAGUAACAUGAGUACAGGUACAUUUGAACCAGUGGGAAAUGGUGUUCAGACUGGCCCGGAAUCAAGGGGAUACCAACUUUCAUAUGCUGGUAGAAACAAUGGCCGGGGACCUAUCAAUCCACAGCUUCCAGGAGCAGCUAAUAAUCAAGCAGUCAUGACCACAAUGAGUAAUGGCAGAGACCCUCGGAGAGCCUUUAAAAGAUGACCUAUGCCAAAUAAUCAAAUGUAGUUUUUUAAACUACAUGCAGUACUUGAACACUUAAUUGCACUUUUAUUUAUAGUUAACUGUGAAAAAUGUCAUUUAUUGAUUUCCUUUUACAUUUUUGGUUUGUUAAAGAGUGCUUGGUUUUUAUAGCAAAACCAUUAAGCUGCUCAAGUAUCCUGUUGAAGAAUAGGAACACUGUAAAGUAGGGGCAUUUAUUUGUAGAGCAAAAAGUUAAUGGAUAUCCUCUAAAAAACCUGCACCCAUUUCAGGGUGAGUUACUUAAGACAUCAUCUUUAUAGCCUCUGUGAGUCUAUCUUCUGUAUAAAUUUUGUAAUAUUUGACAUAAAGUUUAGUGGAAGAUGUUCUUUUGUCUUAAAUUCAGAUCUUUGCCAACUAAAGCAAUAACCAUCAAGCCCCCAAGAAACUUGGUAAAUGGUAAUAGCAAUUUUUACAGGAAUGACUGACUUCAUUAGGUGACUGCUAUUAAGAUUUUUCCAAGGACUGAAUCAUCUUAAAUUCUUAUUUUAUUACCAAAAAGCAGAUUCUUUAUCAGAAUUACAGGAUAGAAUGUGAUCUGUAUUGUAACAACCAAUUUUUAGAAGAAAGCUACAUUUACUUUGUUCUAGGAUAGAAUUCUUAACAUUUGUUAUUAACACUGUGGAUUACAUUGAAGAAAAAUUUAAAACUGAGGCCUUGAAUAUUUAUUUUUGAAACUACCAUGUUAAAUAUUAAAGUAUAAUUUGAAGGAGUUGUAAUGCCAUAAUAAACAUUGAUCUGAUUAUUUAAAAAAUAAUUGGAGUAGAUAAAUAUUAGAACGCAGAUGAUUUAAAUUGAAUUCAUGUAGCAAUAUGCUGUCUUAAGUUAUACUGGUACUUAGGCACAUAGCCUACAGUGAAAUAGUUAAAUACUUCCUUUAGUUGAGGUGUAUGUGUGUGUUGUCAAAGUUUCUGAACACAGUUCAUCUAGUUUCAUUAGCAAAAGUUAAAUGACUAAGAGAAGUGAUUGCAGCUUUAUUCAGAAAUGUUAAGUUAGAAUCUAUAUGUCAUAAAUGAUACCCACUUCUUUUUACUGUAGGGUGGAUAACUGGUAAAUUUUUCAUUUGUUAGAAUUCAUCUCUUCUAAAAAUAUUACCUCUUGAAUAAAACUUGUGUUAAUGUUAACAGAUCUACCAAACUUUUGCUCUUUCAGUGAUGUAACAGUGGAAAGCCCAGUACAUCUUAUUGCAGUUAUGAUAGCUUGAACCUGGAAAUCACUUAGCUUUAUAUUUGUUGCCUUGGUUUUUUUUUCUUCCUUCAAAUCAUAAAAGAAGUAGAUUUUGUUUUCUUUAAGUUAGAUAGCAUUUGAAUAUAAUUUGUGCCAGGUUUUUUUUUGCUCUAAUUCAGUUUAACAAAUAUUUCAGUACAUGAUAUGUAUUAGGCAGUGGGUGGAGAUUAAGGGUAAUCUCAAGGAGUUUACUUAUGGUCUACAGUUUUGGAGUUUUGAUAUUAGAGAAAAAGUGUUUAUAUAUCCAUAUGUGAAAUUAUAGUUAAUUUGGCUUUGUGACUGUUUUCUUUAGAGUUUUUACAUUUUAGAAUGCCCCAGAAGUUAUCUAAGGAUCGAGAUAGCUUAUAUUUUAUGAUUACAUAUAUUUUGAAAAAAACAGUACGAAUUAGUAUCUUUUAAAAUCUUGGAGGUAAGAACAGUAAAGUUAUUUGUGUCAUAAUACAGUGUUAAAGGUGCUUCUGACUAGUUUUGAGAAAUUAAAUUACUGUCAGUUGUGGAUUGCUGGACUUUCAGUUCUGGCCUCAUUUUCUCCUUACCUGUGAUGCAGGAUACUUGAAAACUCUCUAAGCCUUAGAUUCUGUAGCUCUAAAAACAAGUAAUAUCACUCAUUUCUGGAGUUAAGACUCCAUGUAGAUAAUUAGAAUGGUGUCUGGUAAAUAGUGAAAUGUUUGUUGCCAGUCGUCAUGUCCAGCAUAGACAAAAAUGCAAAAUUACAUGUGGAAGUGUUACCCUUUAGCAUGGUGAGAUUGAAUAGAAAAAGACCUAAGCCUUAACUUUUAUGAUUGACACUUAACCUCAAUAACCUUGUUCUGUGGUUUUAUUGUUUAUUAACAAGUUUCUUUUUUCUUAAGGGAAGCCUCCAAAACCAAAGCAAAGGGAAUUGCAGUCUGUAAUGAGUAUUUGCCUUGCCAACCUACUUGGACAACACUCCUCAAGAAGUUAAAUCUUCUACUUUCUGCCUUCCUGGUGCUUUCACCUAUCAACUUUGAAAUAUUUAAAACAACACCCUAGUGAAACAAAAAACAUUUGGUAUAGAAAUACACUUCUGUUAGCAUUGGGCCCCCAUAUUCUUCCUAUGAAACAGUUCUGAAGUAGAUCAGAGUCUGUUCAGACCAGUUUGUCUCUGUGGUCUGGGCAGGUUGGGAUGGAGUUAGUUGCCACUGAAUAGAAACUGAAAAAUGAAAUUCCUUAGGGCAGAUGCUGGUACUUAACAGAAGGCUACAGUGUGCUUUUCCAGAGGCACUUCAACAUCCAGGUUUCCUAUAAUGUACUAACCCUGAUUUUGACUUUUCCCUUAGUUCAUAAUAGUUUUGUUUUAAAAUCUUAGGAUGUUAAUUUGAGGAUGUCCUGUAUAGGUACAGUUCUGAGUAUUUGUCACGUGUAUCUUUAUCAUUCAGCAUUUUAAGUGACUUUAAUUUGCAUGGUUAUUAAUGCCAAGAGAAUGAUACUGAAAACAAAUCAAUACAAAUAGAAAAUUAAGGUUAUAAUUUAUGAUACGACAGAUUUAUUUUAUUGAAGUACUGGGGUUUGAACCCAGGGCUUUGCACUUGCUAGCCAAGUAUUCUACCACUGUGCUGUGUCCCCAGCCCUUGAUAAGAAAAUUCUUAAAAUACAGGGUGGGGGUUAACUUACCCUUGAAAUUUUUCUCUUACAGUAUUUAUUGAUGUUUUAUUUAGGUCAGUCUAAGUCACACUAGCUGUUGGCUAGUUCACAAUUUAUAUAGGGAUUUGAUAUUUCAACUUGGUUACUGAGAUGAUUUCCCUUUUCUUAUGACAUUAACAUAAUGGCUGUUUGCUUCAAGCCAUUUUAGGCUGUGUGUGAACCUCUAAUGUAUUUGGAAGUGUUCUAGAGACAACAAACUGGACAAUUUUUUUUAAAGAUCUUGUUUUCCUUUAUCUCUUACCUUAAGAGAGUCUUUUUGAUAAGUUGGCUUCAGUCAUUCUUUAGUAUGGUUGCUAUGAGGGGAUUAGGGACAGAGGUACUUGGUCAUAGUGCAAACCUGUAUGUUGAAGUUCCAGACAGUGAUUACAUGUUGGAAUGAUUAAGUAGUCCCACAUUUCACAAAAUAAUCUUAGUGAUUAACAGUUCAAGUAUGCUUCUGAGGAAAUCUAAUUGUGACCUUUGAAAACAGCACUCUCAUUAAUAGUGUAUUCACCCUGAGGGAGAAGCUAGAAAAACAUUUUACUUUCUAGGUAUAUUUGACUUCUCUCCAGAUGCUUCAAAGUUUGCUUUAUUGGGAAUGUACCAGAAUUUGGAUUCAAAUAUAAUCAAAUUAAUCCAGGUUUCUGAAUUAACAGGGUCUGUUUAUGUUUCUCAAAGCACUGAUCACCAGACUAAGGAACACACUAGAGAAAAUCAAAUCCAACUAUCUGACAAGCCAUUACUUUUUUUUUUUUUGCAUGUUAACAUUAGACCUAAAGAUUCUAAAAGCUUUUUAGAGUAUGAUAAUAAGAAAAUGAACAUUUUAAUACUUCCAACUGGGUAAACAUUUCAUUUAAGCCUUAUGUAAAGUCAUGGUAGACAAACCACAAUUUUAUUGACACCCAAAUUCUGAGAACACCAACUCAGGGCCAUGAUUCAUGUUUCUAUUGUUAAAUGAUUCUCUCUUGUCUAGCCUAACCUAGAAGGACUAGACGUAUUUUUAAAAGGUCAUUUUUACCAUUUCCAACUAGAAAUUCAAGACAUACGAAGUCUCUUCAUACAUCAAAUUUAUGUAAUUGGAUGUAGGAUAAACCAGUUUCUUGGUCCAUAUAUUGAAAUAGGAUAAGUAACAUUAAGUACAUGUUGAAUAAAUUCUUGUAGUUUAUAAACCACCUACGUGAAAUGCCUCAGGAAGUUGUUAGAAGCAUAUGUCCUACUAGAAGAGAAUUUGUAAUUGUAGGUCUGGGGGAUCUGCAUUUGAAAUACCCUGGAGAUUUUUUGUUUGCUGUGCUCAAGAUCUCCCUUUAAGGAGGUGACUUUGUUUUGAAAGCACAUAUGUAUGUCAGUUUACCUUCAUGAAGCUUAAUAUACUAAAUUUUGGGUUCAGGGAAAAAUUGUACUUACAAGGAUGAUCUUCCAAAUUGCAGAAUUAGUGGGUGAAGCAGUUUUGAGCAAAAUAAGAGGUUGAAUGUGACCUGUAGAUGUAAGUACUGCAGAUUCUGGGUUGGGUUCAGAUAGGAUUAUUCAUAUUAUAUCAACACUAAGAUCAGAUGUGUAGUGGAGUCACAAGGCUUCACAUGAGCCUGUUGUAAAUCAAGUUGUCACUUUUUCACCCUAACCUUUGGUUAAAAAAUUUUAAAGCACGUUUUGCUGUUGCAUAUCUCAUCACGUACAUCUUUAAAACAUCUUCUAUCUCACUGCUCUCAGUUCCAUAUUAGGAAAAGGAAGUUUGACCAAGUUGAAAAGUAGUGGAGUUUAGAGACAUGAUAAAAUAUUUCUGAAGACUUUAGAGCACACCUUUCAUCCUCUAUUUACAGAUCUCAGCCCUGUAUGGAGCUUGUAAUAUUUCUCACAAGUAAUCUUGAAGGCAUGAUUCAGUUGCCCUGUGGGGUUAGUAGAAGACUUAAGAUUCCUGGCAAAUUGCUAGACCACUUAAUAACUAAAAACAGGGUAUCAGCCCUAGUGCCAUCUACUGGAUGAUUACUACAUAGUUUCUGUAGUUUAGGAAUCUGGCUUAAUUUAACAUGUGGAGAAAAGGUUCCAUUACUUAACUGGAUAACAAUUUUUGGUGGUUUUUAAAAGCAUGAUGUGGAAGAUCAUUAAAGGGUAGUGAAGUCAUUUAAUUCUACUUUGUGAAUAAGCAGUACUCGGUACAUCAAAAGUAAAUUUCAUUGAAGCAGAUUAAAUGUAAACUGCCCUCUAUAACUAUAGGAAAUAAGGAGAAGUUGCCAAGUUUUGUAUUCUCAUGUUUGUCAAUAUCACUUGGAAAGUGAAAACUUUAAAAAAAUGUCUUUUGGCAAGUGAUUUGGUGCAAAAGAAAAAAGAAUAUGAAGCUGCCCUUAGAAAUUUGAUUCCUAUAUCCAGUGGUAGUUCAUAAAAUCUUGGCCAAAAGACUGCUGUUUUUUUUUUUAUGUGAGUUUUGCAGAACAUAACCUAUUUUAAAUGUGAGAAUGUGCUUUGAUGGAAAAAAAAAAAACAUGGUUUUGAGCUGAGGAGAUCUUUCCUUGAACCUUGAAUCUGCUGUUUACUAGCUCAGUGACCAUGUGCCUCAUAGGGACAAUAGGGUUACAUACUGGCAAUGUUAGGAUGACUAUGUGAGAGGUACGCAAAGGUGUGCAAAACAUCUCCAUACCUAAGGCUCAAUACUAAGUUGUUUUUUCAUGACCAACAAGAAUAAGACAAAUACUGGUCAUUUCUCCAUGCCAGUUAGAAUUGAAGAAUUUAGUUACGGCAAUAAAAAAUAUUUAAACAGUUGGCCAUGCUUUUGCAAUUGUCUCUGGACAAAGAAGCAUUUAUGUUGAUAGUAUAUAGGCUGGAUUUUUCAUUACAAAGAUGCCCACUAACUGAGCACCCUGUGCAGUCCAGAGGAUAAGGACCUCAUUAUGAAAGUUUAGAGGAAAGGGAGGACUUUUGCUUUACAAAGAAGGUCAGUGUCCGAGGGGAAGGCAGAGAGUGCACUGGAAGGAAUUCUUUCUUCCCAGUGGCAACCUUAAGGUUGUGGUGCACCCAGAAGUGCAGAGUAAUUUGCUUCUGAUUACUAAGGCAUUUGAUAGCUUUUUCCAACAUCUUGAAAAUUUGAAUUCAAAGAGCAAUGUUGAAAGGAUUUUGGUUAAACACUGAUGUAUUCACCACCUAGAUUUUGCUUUACUGUAAAAAAUCUAUCACAUAUCCAUCCAAGUGCCUAAGCAAACCCAUGAAACUUACACCCUUAUCAGGAUCUAGACUAUUACUAUACCUCUAGAAAUUUUCCUCUUGGGCUUUCCCAGGUCACAUGGCCCCAGGUAGCCACCACUUACAAUAUUUUGAAAACUAUCUUUAGCUUAACUAAGGGAAAAAAUUUUAUACAUACCAAAGUCAUCUCUAGAUUUCUUCACAUUUUAGGUUGAACCAUGUCAGAGUACAGCCAAGCCUAUCCCUCGUGUCUAAAAAUUCAGUUCCAAAGACACACAUUUUAAAAUUAGAUCCCUCUCUUUCUGUUCUCCCCCCCCCUUGCCUUCAAUAUUUGUGUCCAGCAACUCUGAUUCUUGGGGGCAAAGUGCUGAAAUGACCAACUGAGUUGGAGGACUUGCAGUCCUACGACUGACUGGGGAGUGAGCGUGGUUCCUGGGUUGCACCAUCACUCUGUUAUCUCUAAGCAAGUGGUGAGAGCCUAUAGAAAGACAUAAUAUGAAAUCUGUUUGGGAUGGACAGCCAGGAACAGAGCAGAGUACACUGGAACUCCAGUUUUCAAGUCAGGUUCUUGACUUGUCAGCAGAUGUUGGUCAGACACUCAACAUUUUUUUCAAGUAUAAGCUGACCAGAACUGCCUUCUGCUUCUUGAAAUUUUGUUCUACUAGUAGGUUGGGAUUCAGAGUUGACACACGGAAUGUGUAAGUUGCUUGCUAAGCACAGAUCCCCCUCCUCUUAGUCUACAGAGACGAUCCCUGAAUGAAACACACCAAAAAAAUUUGUUCUUAGUGCAUGCACACAUCCCUGUGUGUGCAUAGAGUGAUACACAUAGUCACUUCCAAUAGAGCUGUUUCUGUAUUGAAUAUGUUUUUCAUUCACAUAUCAGGUAUUUUCCUUAUAACUUGGGAUUUGAGGGUCCUCCCAGUUUAAAGGACUACCUAUAAUUUAUGGAGCACUAGUGAUAGGCCAAAUAUAGUGAGUUACAUACAUUAUCUCAUAAGAAUCCUAAGUAGGAUUGAAUAGUUUGCCUGUCAUACAACUAGAAAGUGACAAAAUUCCACACAACAAAACCUGUGACAUUGAUGCUUUGAGGCUCCUGCUGACACCACUUAGACAGGGCUUCGGAAGAGAAGACUGGAGUUGGUCAUAAAAUGACAUGUAGAUUUAGCCACAGCCAGACGGGAAGAUAGAAAAUAGAAAUACAGAAUUUGGCUAACAUUUUUAUCCAGGAUUACUUUUACUUUAAAUGCUAAUACAGACCUGAGUAGUUAAAAGAAAUUUAUAAUCCAGGAUGUACUUUAGACGUGGACUUUUGGGUGUUGGGAUAAAUGGCCACUUCAGCUAAUCCUCAAAUAGGAAAAAAUAGAAUUCCCAAUUUGAGAAUAGAGAAAAAAAUUGCUAACUGGCUCAAAAUCCAGAAAGAUUAAAGAAAAGAUUGAUAAAUUUGAUUACAUUUAUAUGAUGAAAAAGACAAACGAUAAUAAGGAAAGUAUAUAAUUCAUAUUACUUAUUCAGUUAAUAUUCCUAAUACAUAAGGAGCUUAUAAAAGUAUAGAAGACCAAUUGUUUUGGAAAAAUGGACAAGAAAUAAGCACAGUUAACAGCUCUUGCCUUUUUAAGUGUAUAAUAGGUUGCUCAACCUCUCUCAUACUAAGAUAUCAUUCAUUUUUAGAUUGGGAAAAAAGUUUGAAAACACUUGGUGACAGUAUGAGGAAACAGGCACUUUGAUUCAUAAUUGGAAGGAAUGCACAGCUGUGGAUGUAGAGGGAUUGGUUUUACAUUUGAAUUUGCCCUGUGACUAAACAAUACUGCCUUUGGGCAAAUAGCCAAUGGAAAACUUCUGUUUGCAUGUCUGUGAGUAGUCUUCACUGACAUAGGGCUCAUCUAAGUGACCUGCUUUACAGCAAACUUGAUGCCUGUAGAAAAUUGAAAAGUACUUGUCCAUUGGUAUUUGCUCUCUUGAUAUGCUUGGAACCCUGAGAUUUCCAUGAGAACAUACUAAUGAGUAGUGCUUGUUAGUCUACCAAAGAAUGACAGGCCACAUGAGAACCUUGACAGCCUGCUAAUCCCUGGAUACAUAAAUGAGCAUCUUGGACUAUCCAAAUCCAGCUGAGUUGCCAGCUGACUUAGGUCACAUGAGUGAGAGCAGAACAUAACUACCCAAAUUGCUGACCUAUAGAAACUUGAGGUAAUAGCUCUUUAUGCUAAGUUUUGAGGUAGUGUGCUAUACAUUGCAAAACCUAACAUACAAUACUAAAGAUACAGUGACAAAAAUAUGAAGACUGUUUGCCAAAGCAUUGCCUAUAAUAAAGUCUGGAAACAGCUCUGAUGUCCACCAAUUCAGGUUUGGUUGAAUAUGCUACAAUGUGUUCAUCUAGUGGAAUACUGACCAAGCAGCUGCAACAUGGGUGGGAGAAAUCUCUACAUUUAUGAAGUGAUCUUUAGGGUAUGUUGUUAGGUAAAACACAGAAAUAGUAUAUGUAGUAUUCUUGCUUUUAUUUAAUA